AAGAAAACAUUUCCGACAAUUUCAUAGUACACUUUGUUUUCAAUUUUCUUCUCACAGUUCAUUCGGUUACUCCAAAUUCUAUAGUCUAUACAACCAAAACCACCAUGGCGGGAAUGGCGACCUUCAAUCUCUCUUCUGCUUCGUCUUCCAUCUACAGCCGUCCAUCACUACCAUCAUCAAAACCUUCAUCACUUUUGUUCUCAUCAAGGCCGUCCAUUCUCCCAAUGCAGCGAACUCCGUUCCGUUCCAGAAUACUUCCAAAGAUUUAUGCAUUUUCUAGUAACGAUAUCAAAGUGGGUUCCAACAUUGAAGUCGAUGGCGCUCCUUGGAGAGUUUUGGAGUUUCUUCAUGUGAAACCUGGAAAAGGUGCAGCAUUUGUGAGGACCAAGAUGCGUAAUUAUAUAACAGGAAACACAGUUGAGAAGACUUUUAGAGCUGGAGUUACGAUUGAUGAGGCAGAUAUAUUCAAGGAAACAAAGCAGUUUACAUAUAAAGAUGGCUCUCAAUUUGUCUUUAUGGAUCUGAGUACGUAUGAAGAAAUCCGCCUCAAUGCUGCUGAUGUUGGGGAUAAGACAAAAUUUCUGAAAGAGGGAAUGGACUGCACUGUUCUUUUUUGGAAUGGAAAAAUUAUUGAUUUUGACCUGCCCAUCACAGUGAAGUUGAAAGUGGUUGAUGUAGAUCCUGGACUUAAAGGUGACACUGCUCAAGGUGGAACAAAGCCAGCAACUGUUGACACUGGUGCUGUGGUUAAUGUUCCAUUGUUUGUAAAUAUAGGCGAUGAAAUAUUGGUGGAUUCAAGAACAGGGCAAUACAUGAGCCGUGCAUAAGUAUUAUCCGAGAGUCUUGUGCCUUCAUUUGGGGCAAGAAAUGUACAUCGAGCUUUAGCGUAGCAAAUGGUUGCAAAUGUUAAAUUGUACUCUCAAUUCAAUUGUUGACUCGUUUGAGAAUUUUUAUAGGUUGUAAUUUCUUUUUGUAUGAAAAGAGAGAAAAAUUAUUAGCCAUUCAAACGGAUUAGUACAUCUAAAUAGCGAAGUUAAUAAUGGGAAUAAUUCGUAACACA